CUAAAAGGUAAAUGCUUAUGUUGUAAUUUCAUCUUACUGAUCUCAAAAGUUAAGAUUUUUUAAGAGUAAAUUUAUUAAAAGGGCUUUUUAGCAUCAAAUUUGUCUUCUGUAUUAAUAUCAUGAGCUUUAAGGGUUUCUUUUUAUUCUAUAAAUACAUCCUAUAGUAAGUAUAAGUAUAUACUUUGGCGGAACAGCACUUACCUCGUAUAUGUUUCAAAGGUUAUAGGUUAUGAACUAACCGCGUCCGAUUGUGUAUUGUUUAGAACAUUUGAACUGCAGGAAAACUCUUCAUAAUUUGUAAUGGAAAAAUCAAUACAACAAAAUGUGUGUUCAACUCUACAAGCACCUUUCUCAAACAGGGUUACCAUAUAUGAACAAAGAGAACGAUAUCUCUUGAAUUUUUUGAAUAAUGUAUUACCAUCCAGUGACAUAAGUGGUAUUAAGGAUGAGCUCAAAAAAUCCUUCACGUUUGUCAAACACAAAGCAAAAACUAUUAAGAAAAAACCUCAAAAAACACCAUUUCUGACGGUAAGAAAAUCAAUUCUCCUGGGGCUCAAUAAAUUUGGAAAGAAAGAUCUAGAAUAUACAGAUAUGUUACCAUUAAAUUCCAUGUGGCUUAGCUACAUGCAACAAAUGCUAGGUGUGGAUAAUUUUAGAAAAUUACCUACUAAUCCAAUCGAUUCACGCUGGGACAGUAUAAAUCAAAAAUUAAUUAAGGCUGAUUAUCAUGGAGCCAUUGCUACUGUAACACGCUCAAGGUGCCCUAGCACUAUUGGCAUCCAAGGUAUUAUUAUACAGGAUACGAAAAAUACUUUGAGGCUCUUAAGCAGUGACAAUGUGAUACGAACUAUACCCAAAGAAUCCAGCGUUUUUUGUAUUCACUUGGUAAAUAAUGUAAAAUUUCAAGUGUUUGGGAAGGAAUUGUGCAUUCGUCCGGCAGAACGUUCAGUCAAGAAAUUCAAGAAUCUUUCUGUUCCCGAACUUUGAAGUUAAAAUUGCAGUUGAAUCCAAGAAACGGCUUAUAUAAGUGUAACUUUAUUUUACACGCUAUGUAUAGUGUUCAUCAGAUCUGUUGUACAUUCAACAGUCAAAAUAACAAAGCGUUUCAAGUUCUUAACUCAUUUUUUUCCAAUCCAUUCAAUGCACGCAUAUGUAUAAGUCCAUUCAAUAAUUUUAUUUUUAUGCACUUUCC